AUGACUUCGCCGCCGGCGUCUGUGAGGCCGGAACACGACGCUUCCGCCGGCGGUGGCGGCCAGUUCCACGUGCUCAACUCCAGCAGCGGCGCCGGCGGCGGCGGCUCUGACGCUGGGCAGCCCAACGGCGCGGCGUAUCGGCAGCCGCUGCCUUCUCCACGGGCCGCUGCGCCCGCCAACGGCGCGGCGUACCGGCAGCUGCCGUCUCCACGGGCCGCCUCUCCUGCCAACGGCGUCGCGCAAGGUAACGGCGUGACGGCGUAUCGCCAGCUCCCGUCUCUGCGAGCCUCCGCUCCAGUGAACGGCGUCGCAAAAGCGAACAGCGCCACGGCGUUUCGGCAGUUUCCGUCUCCGCGAGCCGCCGCUCCGGCGAAAGGCGUCGCACAAGCAAGCGGUCGGCCGCUCCCGUCUCCGCGAGCCGCCGCUCCGGCGAAAGGCGUCGCACAAGCAAGCGGUCGGCCGCUCCCGUCUCCGCGAGCCGCCGCUCCAGCAAACGGCGCCGCACAAGCAAGCGGUAGGCAGCUUCCGUCCCCGCGAGCCACCGCUCCAGCGAACGGCGUCGCGCAAGGGAACGGCAUGGCGGCGUAUCGGCAGCUGCCGUCUCCACGAGGCGCCGUCCCAACGAACGGCGCGACGGCGUAUCGGCAGCUACCGUCUCCACGGGCCGACGCCUCGGCAUUGUGGCGUUCGACGCCGGUUCGCGCCAUGACCGCCUACGGCCCUCCGGCCACCGGUGGCGCCCCGCCGGUGCCCAUUGCCAUGCGGGCUCCGUCCACGCAGUCGAUGCCGUCGCCGCACCUGCUGCAGCAGCUCAUGGUCUUGGCGGGGUGGGGCGCUUCUUCCAGACCGCCGUGGCUGCAGAGCUACGUGCAGGGCACGCCGCCGCCGUUCUCCACCUCCGGGAGAGGCCGUGGGAUGCAAACACCUUUCGCGUCUUCACGGAUACCACGGAUACCGGGGGCCAGCGCCAGCGGCACCGCCGUAGCCGCGCAGAGAGACGCCGGCGGUGAGCAUGUUCCCAAAGAUGCUGGUGCUGGCCGCGGCAAACCGGCGAGCGAGAGGUCGCUCCAGAUCGUCCCUGCUGACGAUGGUGCCGGGGCCAACAAGAAUGUGCCACCGAUCGGCGGCAACGGCGAAGGGGCCGGCAAGAACGUGACGCCGGCCGGCGAAGGCAACGGCGAUACCGCCGUGGCGCUUCUGGGCCCUGUGCUCGCUAUUCCGUCCACGGGGGCCGUCCGCAAGGGGAAGGCCGCUGCUAAAUCGCCGAACGGCCGCCUACGGAAGCCGCGCGCGCCCAAGGGGAGCAGCACUCUGGCGGGACCCAAGAAGGUCCCCGGCAGGAAACCCGCCGCCGACAAGCCGGCGGCCACGAAUCCCAGCGCCCAAGGCAACGACCAGCCAAAGACCGUGUCGCCUCCAAGCAGCGGCAGGAAGAGGAGGAACGCCGCCCCGGCCGCGGCCUCGCCAUCGCCGGCGCCGAGCAGCGCCACGCGGUGCAGCCUCGUCGCCAGGGUGAACGACAGCAACAGCACGCCCGGCACGGCGGCGGCGGCGGGAGAAAAGAAGCACACGGUCCUGACAUGGCUGAUCGACGCCGGCGUGCUCAAGGAGAGAGAGCAGGUCUUCUACGUGCCGGGGCCGGAGGACAAGGCGAGCAUCACCGCGAAGGUCGUGUCCGGCGCGGUGACCAGAACGGGCAUCCAGUGCAGCUGCUGCGACGGCGCGAUGGCGAUGGCGCUGCCGGCCUUCGCAUCGCACGCCGGCUCCGCGGACGGGUCCCCGGCGCCGUGGGAGCGGCUGCUGCUCAUGUCCGGCAAGCCGCUGCUGCGGUGCCUGCGGGAGGCGUGGGACCUGGAGCGCGUGAAGAUCUUCCGCGCGGAGGAGACGGCGCGGGCGGCGCUGGAGCAGGACCGGGAGCGGAGCGCGCAGGCGAAGAAGCGGUCGCUGCAGCUGCUCGCCAAGCAGGGGAGGAAGGGAGGCGCUCGUGCUGCCCUAGCCGUCGACGGCGGCGGCGACCGGAGCGACGACGCGUGCGGCGUGUGCGCGGACGGCGGGCAGCUGUUGUGCUGCGACAGCUGCCCGUCGACCUUCCACCCGGAGUGCGUCGCCGUGCAGGGCGUCCCCGACGGCUCCUGGGCCUGCCACUACUGCCGCUGCUUCCUCUGCUCCGCCAGCGACGGCGCCCCCUCCACCUGCCACCAGUGCGCCCGCAAGUAUCACAACCACUGCCGCACGUCGCUGUUCGCCGGGCACGAGAUCGGGCCCUUCUGCAGCGAGUCCUGCAACAAGGUGAAAACAGACGCUGAAACAUUCAUUUUUGCUUUCGGCAACACACUUAUUAUUGCGGCGAAGCUGACGGAGAUGGCGGGGGCGGCGAACAGGGCCGAUGAAGACGGCUACUCCUGGUCCCUGCUGAAGAUGCAGAAGGACGCCGGGGACUCCGCCGCCGAUCUCGAGUGCAACACGAAGCUGGCCGUGUCGCUGGGCGUGCUGGAUGAAUGCUUCAACCCCGUCAAGGACCGGCGCACCGGCGUCGACAUGCUGCACCAGGCCGUCUACAGCCUCGGGUCGGAGUUCAAGCGGCUAAGUUACGAAGGAUUCUAUACCAUGGUACUCGAGAAGGACACAGAAAUCAUCUCGGUAGCCCUGUUAAGGUUCCAUGGCAACAAGCUGGCGGAGAUGCCGUUCGCCGGCACGCUGCCGCACUACCGGAGGCAGGGGAUGAUGGGCCGCCUCGUCAAGGCCGUCGAGCAGGUGCUGACGACGGUGCAGGUGGAGAAGCUGGUGAUUCCGGCGGUGGCCGAGGUGGUCGACACAUGGAAGAGGUCCUUCGGCUUCGCGCCCAUGGAGCCGCGGCUGAGGGAGGAGGCCAAGAGGCUCAGCAUGGUGGUCGUCACCGGCACCGUCAUGCUGCAGAAGCACAUCGCCAGGCAGCAGGCUGCGCACGGCGACGAGGAUUGCCAAGAGGCGCCGCCGAUGACUGAGGACGAGCUGGCGUUCCUGGAGAUGAGCUGGCCGCUCUCCAGUUUCACCGACCUCGUCGCCGGGAUCGCGUUCCCGCCGCCGUCUGGCGCCGACCCGCUGGCCGCCGCCGUGAGGGGGCUGGGUGUGGGUGUCCCGGGGACGAGCGGCCGGCGGUCCUGCGGCGGCGAGGCGGUGGGCUCCAGCGUGUUCCAGAUGCAUAGCUACGCACCUGCUGCGCACGGCGCCGGUCUCCGCCUCGGCAUGAACAAGUAA